AUGUUAAAUGAAAACAAUGCAUUGGUAAGAUAUCAUUUCGAUAUACUUGUAUGCAUUGCUUUAGCAUCAGAGGUUCAUGGAAUUUGCAAAUUAGAAGCAUUAGAAAAUAAUAUUUCUCACAAUAACGAUAUUGUCCGCCAUUGGGCAUUUCGAGGUUUAAGGUCUGCUUACAAAAUGGACAUAAUAUCUAAUGACUUUAUGGAAUGGUGCGAUAAUAUUAUUCACAAACUGGAAGAACAUACAGGAAGUUCAGUGAGUUUUGAUUUCGAUUUACUUGAAACAGUUUCAGCAUUAAAAUAUGUUGAUUUUGGUAAAAUUCACGAUAAAGAGCAGGGUCAAUGGAUAAGAGAACUACUAAUUUUUGACUUAGUUGAACGUUUAGAAGGAAGUCAAUCUCAACGUUUCCAACUUUAUAAAACUUGGCUUGAUAUUGAGGAUCGUGCAAAGGAAAAAAGUACUCGAUUAUUGAAAUUGUUACAUCGAUUUUUAUUAAAUAUGAACGAUGAAAUUUUGUUUGAUGAAUUUUACGAAAUAAUCGAAGCUUUAAAUAAGAUUGACUGUGAUACUGCAUGCCGUAUUUUAUCAAGUAGUGAUAAUAAAGUAUUAUUCGAUUUGAGAAAAGAAUAUCUGAUUGUUAUUAUCAAGCAGCGUUUAUCAUAUGUUAACGAUUGUAUUAGUGAUGAAUAUAUUCAAAAUUUAGCACUAGAUAUAAUGUUGCAGCUUGAUUUCAGUGUAAGCCGAAAAUUGCUUGAUGCUCUACAAGUAAUCAACAAUUUACAGAGUUUUGAAGAGGUUUUUAAUUUCGUUGUGAGAAAUGAAAUCACAUCACAUGAUAUUUAUGUUAAGAAUGUAAGUCUGCCGAUAUUAAAGCGAACAUUAGAAAUUAAGCUUCUAGGUAAUCAGAUAAAAGACACUGAUCGACUUAGAUUAGGUACUAUUUUGGAUGGUUUAUUAGAUCGAAAUUGGACUUUUGAACAAUUGAAUGAAUUUUUCAUUAAAAUGAAUCAAUCAAAAGGUGUCGAUAAGGAGCGACAUUUUAUAUCAGUUCUCGAAAUCAUCUUACAUUAUAAAAUUAUUCCAAACAAGAACUCUGAAAAAAUAAUAAAAAUUCUAGAGAAAUCCACAGAAUGUUGGCAAAAGGAGAUAAAUGAAAUUGCAGUCGAAUCUGUUUUUUCCAAUCAGAGUCAAAUUAAAACAUCAGAUGAAUUAGUACAAGAAUUACAUGAUAGCAACAAUUUAGAGGAUUUAACCAAGAAACACCUGCUUCAUUUAAUAGAAUCAAUAAAAAAUCCACAAUUGCUCUCUGAACUUCGUGAAGACCCUCUACAAAAUCGAUCGAAUUUUGAUUUGCCAAUUUCACAGUGGAACGAAGAUCUUAUAGGUCAGUGGGCCAAUCUUAUUAAGAAGAAUCACGAAAAAUACUGUAAAGAUUUCGACAAGUUUAUUAUCGAAACACUUGCUGUAAUAAAACAAGCUAGUCUUAAAGAUACAGGUUUUCACUUAACAGAUGCACAAAUCCUUGGUUGUUUACUUAUUUUAAAUUCAAAGAAGAAUCAGGGUAGACUGCUCCAAGUAGGAACAGGCGAAGGUAAAUCAACUAUUAUCAGUGCAUUAGCAGUGUUCUAUGCUUUGCAAGGAAGAAAAGUAGAUAUUAUAACUAGCUCGCCUGUUCUUGCAGAACGCGACGCCAAAGAAAAGCAGAAAUUCUACAAUAUGUUCUCCAUUGGAUGUAGUCCUAAUAAUGAUAAGGCAGUUUAUAUAUCAGGUGCGAAAAAGUGUUAUAAAAAAGAAAUUGUUUAUGGUGAACUUGCGCAAUUUCAAUUCGACACUCUAAGAACAGAAUACGCUCAGCUGUAUACUCUAGGUGGAAGAACAUGCGACGUCGCUAUUGUGGAUGAAGUUGACAGUAUGCUUAUAGAUGAUGGUUCGAAAAUCGCGCGAUUAGCAUCGAGUGUAUCAGGUUUAGAUCAAUUACAGAUCAUUUAUCAUUUAUUAUGGAAUCAACUUGUCUUUAUAAGAGGGAAAAUCAUUCUUAUAAAUGAUAAAAUGUAUCUAUUUUAUGGAAAAAUACAGUUUAAGGAGAAGAAUAUUGUUCUUGAAUAUGAGAGUGAAAAUGGGGAUUUAACGAUUAUUUCAGACUUGAAGGCUUAUCUACAAUCUACAUCCGAUAUAAGAAAUAUAGGAGUACGCAUACCAGAUGAUGAUCAGGGUGACGCAUUCAUUAAAAAGAAUCUGGAUGACUAUAUUAGGAAAUAUAUUGUGGAAAAUAUGAAAAUACCCAUAAAUUUCCUAGAAUUUAUCGACACACAAAUACCCAAAUGGAUAGAUAGUGCUAUAACUGCGAUGGCCUAUCAGGAGAAUGUACAUUAUGUUGUGCAUGAGGGUCUGAUUAAACCAGUCGAUUAUUUUAGUACAGGUAUUGUUCAGGGUUCAUCAAAUUGGAGUGAUGGUUUACAUCAGUUUUUGCAAAUAAAACAUGAACUAAGAAUGACAUCUGAAACAUUCACGACAAAUUUUCUAUCAAAUAAGGCAUACUUGACAAGAUAUGGUUUGAAUUUAUUUGGUCUGACAGGUACACUCGGUUCAGAAAAAGCUAAAGAGGUCUUAGCUGAUGCCUAUAAUGUAGAUUCUGUUAUUAUUCCUAGUUUACGUCAAAAGCAACACCUUUCAUUGCCUGAUAUUGUAGUAACUAGUGAGCAGGAUUGGCUAAGACAAAUUUGUCGUUCAGCACAAAACGAAUCGAUCAAAGGACGAGGUACUUUAAUUAUCUGUGAGACCAUUGAGUAUUGUAAACUCCUAGCAGAAAAUCUUCAAGAAAAAUACCACUUGAGAGCGAUUAAAAUAUAUACAAUGAACAAUAUUAAUCAAGAAAAAAAUGUUGAAAAUGUCAGCCAGGGUGAAAUCAUUGUAGCAACGAAUCUGGCUGGACGUGGUACAGACAUAAAAACAGAAGAUAUUGAAAAAUACGGUGGUCUUCAUGUUAUUAUAACAUUCAUACCGCCAAAUAAACGUGUUGAAGAACAGGCUAUUGGUAGAACUUCACGACAAGGUAAAAGAGGUACAAGUCAAAGAAUUUUGAAUGUAGCUAGUUUAGUACAGAAUAAAGACUUUGACGUGCAGAAAAUCACACAGUUUCGAGAUGGAAUUGAAGCACAAAUGUUAGAUGAAUUUUCAAAAAAUGAAUUGCAAUCAAUUAAUUUGAAAGAUGAACUAUUUUCUAAAUUUUGCGUGCUAAUAAACGAACUGCGUGAACGAAUUAGAAAAGAUGCUGGCUAUUUGUCAGAUGCCUGGCAUUGUGUUAAGAACAAAUUGGGAUAUUUCAAACCGUCUGUUGUAGAAUUGAACACUCUUCUUAGUGUUGAAGAGCGAUGGGCCAUGUUCUUACGUAAAAUCGAUAAUGAUCAAUCGCCUAUUGAUAGCGAAAGAAUCAACAAUGAAUUUGAAAUAUUCAGUGAAGAAAUACGAAAUGAUCACAAGAAAGAUUGUCUUAUGAGAAAUCCUUAUCAUCAUAUUGCCAUAGGUAAUGAUUUGAUCCUGAACGAUUCAUCGUUAAAUAGCAAAUAUGAACUUGCUUUGAAGCAUUUCGAUAAAGCUAUUGAACUUGAUUCAAAUUACUGUGCAGCUGCUUUUGUUGGUAGAGGUUGGCUGUUAGUAAAAGGUAAAGAGAAACUGAUUGUUUCAAAUACACAAGAGUUCGGCUAUAAAGAAGCAGCUAUACGAUCAUUUCGUUGUGCACUUGAAAUCCUCGCAGAGGAAAUGUCUUCACUAUCAGCAAUUCAAACACUUCUACAGCAUAGAUCAUCAAAUGCGAACAGUCUCCUAUCGAAACAAUUAUUGCAGAAAGUUAAUAUUUUAGAUGUUACAAAAAAGGUUGCUCUUUCAGAAUUAAAAGAUAGAAGUUCAUUUCGCGUUAAUUUAGAGAUUCGUGGCGUAGAGAUGGCACCAAUCAAGCAGGAAAAUAUCGAAAUAAACAAUGUUAAAAGUUUGAGAGAAUUAUUUAUGAAUGAUGCACGACCAGAUUUAGAACUAGCAGAAUAUUCAGCACGUGGUAUUGAAUAUAUCCUGCAAACCAGUGAAAAGGGAUUUAUUCCCUGGUUAAGUAUUGGUAUUUUAACCUGCAUAGCUACUCUACAAAUCGGUUUAGGCGCUCUUUUUAUUACAACUGCGUUUGGAGCAUCGCUGGGAAUGAAUGUGAUCACUGAGGGAGUAGCAGAUAUUUUCUACGCUUAUAGAACUAGUAGAAGUAGACAGUUUAGUUGGAUUGAUUAUGGAAAACAGAAAGCGGUUAGUCUAAUAAUUUCAGCUGUAACAUUAGGAUUCUCAUCAUUCAAAGAUGCGGCUAAGGGAGCUCAGACUUUAGUACAAGGUGCAGAACGAGAAGCACUUGAACAAGCUGGUACAAGAUUGAUAAUGAAUGGAAAGUCAUCAGGUGCAACAUUAAUAAAAACAGGAAAAAAUUUUCAAAGUCUAGCAGUAAAAUAUAUUAGUGUAAGCUUUGGCGAAGCCGCAGUAAAAGAAGGCUUAAAUGCAGUAGCAGAUAUCGGAUCAAAUUUUGCAUUGGAGCAAUUGAAACCUCAGAUUUCUGCUUCAAUCCAAGACAAAAUCACAAAUAAAUUUUGCCAACCUGAUUUGUUAAAAAUUUUACGCAAAAUGUUUGCCAUCGACUUAAUAAAUAAGCAACAGAAAUUGAAAGACAAAAUAAAUAAAAUUGUUGGCGACAUUAUAAAUCCUCGGCACAGUUUUUGGCGUAGACAAUGGGAAUCUGUGGGUGGUCCGCUAUGUAAAGGUAUAUUAUCAAGUGCAGAGAAAAUUCGGAGUCCAGCAAGCAUGGCUAUACGAAUUAUUGGUAUAUUAAAUGGAAUGCAUGAGAUUAUUUCCCUUAUUGAUAAUAUUUAUAAUCAGCUUUUAGAGGAAUUAAGGCAAAUAGAUCACGAUUAUUUAUCGAUGCAUAGAAUUUUACACGAUUAUUGUGAAAUUGCUGAACAAAAUACAACAGGAAUUGUAACUAUAUUUAGUAAAAAUGGCAUCCAAGAAAUAAAUGAUGCUUUAGCAGAUAAAUGUUUUCAAUCAAAACUAAAGAAUAUCAGUUUUAAUGAAUUUGAAACAGUCAAACCACGUGUAGUCGAAUUUCUAACUUCAUUAAAUAAAAAAAUGUUAGACUUACAAAUUGAUGAUUUUAGCGAAAUUAUGAAAUCGGUAUCUGAUGUAGUAACAGAACAAAUAUUACGAAUAUCCCAAUCACAACUUAUCUCACCUUUUAGUACAUUUGUUGUGAGUGAGUUGACCAAUGCAAUUUCCGAAAGAAUACAGCAUCAUUUCAUUGUCGACCAAAACCAAAAUUCAGACAGUCAAAAUCAAGAAAUCAACGAAAAUAAAAAUUAUGGCUAUAAUACUAUAUCAAAGCAAAUUCAAGGCAAUGCGAAAGACUAUACAAUAGCAUACAGUCAGUGCGAAAUUAUUUAUCAUGCAUUGCAAUCAAAACUAAGUGGAAAUCAUCGCGGAAAACUCAAUAAUGAAACAGAAGAAUAUGUAAAAGGUGUAAGGAAUGAUAAACCAGCAAGCCUUGCAGAUAUGAUGGGACUUGCUGCCUCUUAUGGCUUGGAUAUAAAAAUAGUUGAUGAUGAGAAUUACAUCCCAACAGAGGAUGAUAAGGAAAAGGGUACGCAUAUCAUCGUAUUUAGUCCAGGAGAACGAGAUGGUCAAGGAAACAUUGAUAUUGGACAUUAUCGACUUAUGCAAGAUGAUGACACUGAUAAUCAUAAUCGAAGGGAAAAAAAUGAUUGUGGGUACGUUGUUAUUCAAAAAAUAUUAAGUGAACAAGGCGUUGGGAAAACCAUUGAAGAUCUCCGUAAUGAUUGUGCUCAAAGCAUAAAAGAUAGUCCUCAAUUAUUUUUGACAGCACAUCAGGCACAGACGUGGGUCGAAGCUCGUUAUCCUGUAAAUGCGAACAGUCUGUUAUUUAUAGGAGGUACCGCAUCAAACCAAAGACCUAGAUUUGAACUCAAUCCAAAUAACCCUUGGGUGGGUAUUUACGGUGAAUUAGAUGAUCCUUGGUAUGGACGAAAAUGCCAGUAUGAAUUAAAUCAUAUUCCACCAUUAGAUGCACUGAAAGGUACAGAUUUUAAGUACUAUAAUAUGUAUCGACAAACAUCUUCAUUAUCGCACUUUUUUGUUCAAAUUUUAAUUUAA